AUGAAAAAAGUAAUAUCCACAGGUCAGACACCAAACGAAAACGACUCCACUGACAACUUAGGCAUCGAGAUGACUGAGCCGAAAAAGAAGGUGUCAAUUGGUGAAUGUUGGAAGAAUGAUUUUGAUAAAGUGAAUCGUCGCAUGAAGCGCGCUUGCCGUCGCGCUGUGAAGUCGCAGACAUUCUACUGGCUCAUCAUUAUUCUCGUCUUCCUUAACACUGUAGUUCUUGCAAGCGAGCAUUAUCAACAGCCCGAAUGGUUGGAUUUCUUUCAAGAGUACGGCAACGCAUUUUUCGUGGCCUUGUUCACGCUCGAAAUGUUGGUCAAAAUGUACAGUUUGGGGUUACAAGGCUAUUUCGUGUCGCUAUUUAAUCGAUUCGACUGCUUUGUGGUGAUCGGUUCGAUCAGCGAAAUGGUGCUCACGAAAACGGAGGUGAUGCCGCCUCUUGGGAUCUCUGUACUUCGAUGCGUGAGACUCUUGCGAGUUUUUAAGGUUACUAAAUAUUGGAGAUCGCUCUCAAACUUGGUGGCGUCUCUACUCAACUCGAUCCAGUCGAUCGCGUCGCUCCUGCUGCUGUUGUUCCUCUUCAUCAUGAUAUUUGCGCUUCUGGGCAUGCAAGUGUUCGGCGGAAAGUUUAAUUAUGACCCAGUGGAAGAGAAGGACCGACAUAACUUUGAUUGUUUCUGGCAAGCGUUACUGACAGUUUUCCAGAUCUUAACAGGUGAAGACUGGAACGCUGUCAUGUAUGAAGGUAUCAAAGCGUAUGGUGGUGUCGGCUCGGUCGGAAUAUUGGCCUGUAUUUAUUUUAUUAUCCUGUUCAUCUGCGGUAACUACAUCCUACUGAACGUCUUCUUGGCCAUUGCUGUAGAUAAUCUGGCGGACGCAGAGUCGUUGACUAACAUUGAGAAAGAAGAAGGUCAAGCAGCAGAAGAAAAGGAGGAAGGCAGUGUAGUUGCGGAAGGAGGUCAUGCAGAUACAGACGAUGAAUAUAUACACGACGAUGAUGCAUACACGACAGAUAACUCCGAACGAGAGUACGACGAAACAGGGUCAGAAGGUGAGCAUCAAGAGGAAAUGGAAUGUGAGGAGGAUAUUGGUGCUGCAGAAGAAGUUGAAGAAGAAAGACUAGAAGAAGAACAGGAAAGAGAGGAUCAUGAAAUGAUGGAGAGUCAUCAAAGAAAUCAUAUCGUGAACACAGAAUAUGAUGACGAGCCGCGACUGAAACGUAAGCCAACUACGUCGUCAGCGCGUCCCCGACGUCUGUCAGAAGUCGAUAUAGGGGACUCUGUGAAACCAAUACCUGAUGCAUCAUCCUUCUUCAUAUUUUCCAAAAACAACAGGUUUCGAGUGCUGUGCUACAAGAUGUCGGCAUCGUCCACAUUCGGAAACAUCAUUCUCGUCUGUAUUCUCCUUUCUUCCGCCAUGUUGGCUGCUGAGGAUCCACUGGAUGCUGCACAGAGGGGUUUCAGGAACUGGUUGUUGAGCCAGUUCGACAUGUUCUUCACGGGGAUCUUCACGCUGGAGCUGUUCCUGAAGCUGGUGACAUACGGGCUGGUGCUGCACCGUGGUGCCUUCCUGCGCUCAGCCUUCAACGUGCUUGACAUGCUCGUUGUCUGCGUCUCGCUCAUCUCUAUGAGUUUUAAGUCUGGUAGUAUAUCUGUAGUGAAAAUUUUGCGAGUGUUUAGGGUGCUGAGGCCUCUUAGGGCUAUCAACAGGGCCAAAGGCCUUAAGCACGUUGUUCAAUGCGUGAUCGUUGCAAUCAAAACGAUCGGAAACAUUUUAUUGGUAACGUCAUUACUACAGUUCAUGUUUGCGGUCAUGGGAGUCCAAAUGUUCAAGGGAAAAUUUUUUAGUUGUAAUGACAUUUCUAAAAUGACUAAAGACGAGUGUCAGGGGACAUAUUUAGUAUUUGAAAAUAGAAAUUAUGUUGUAAGGGAUAGAGAAUGGAAAAGAAAUGAUUUUCAUUUUGAUAAUGUUAUGAAAGGGAUGCUCACACUUUUCACAGUUUCUACAUUUGAAGGAUGGCCAGGGUUAUUGUACGUGUCUAUUGAUUCGAAUGCUGAGGAUCGUGGUCCCAUAACUAACUUCCGUCCAAUUGUUGCAGCCUAUUACAUUAUUUAUAUUAUUAUAAUUGCCUUCUUCAUGGUAAAUAUAUUCGUUGGUUUCGUCAUAGUGACAUUCCAAAACGAGGGUGAACAGGAAUAUAAAAACUGUGAGCUUGAUAAGAAUCAAAGGAACUGUAUUGAAUUUGCUUUAAAAGCUAAGCCUAUAAGAAGAUACAUCCCCAAGCACCGCAUCCAGUACAAAGUUUGGUGGUUUGUGACUUCCCAGCCGUUCGAGUAUGCGAUCUUCGUGUUAAUCAUGAUAAAUACUAUCACACUCGCAAUGAAAUACCACAACCAAUCCGCAGAGUACAGCAAGGCACUGGAUUUGCUCAACAUGCUCUUUACAGCUGUAUUCGCUUUGGAGUUCAUAUUUAAAUUGGCCGCUUUUAGGUUUAAGAAUUACUUCGGUGACGCUUGGAAUACGUUUGACUUCAUCAUCGUGCUUGGAAGCAUUAUCGAUAUCGUUGUAUCUCAAGUAAAUGAACUCAAAAACCAGGGCAGUGGAUUUCCAAGGGUUCAUGUCGUGAAGGAAAGCUCGAUCCCUUCGAUAAACUUCUUCCGACUAUUCCGUGUGAUGAGGCUAGUGAAAUUACUAUCCAGGGGCGAAGGCAUCCGAACUUUGCUGUGGACUUUCAUCAAGUCAUUCCAAGCGCUGCCUUACGUCGCUUUGCUCAUUCUGAUGUUGUUUUUCAUUUACGCCGUUGUAGGGAUGCAGGUUUUUGGUAAAAUAGCGAUAGAUGACGCUACUCCAAUUACAAGAAAUAACCACUUCCAAACUUUCCCUCAAGCUAUCCUCGUGUUAUUUCGUUCUGCGACUGGAGAAGCAUGGCAAGAUAUAAUGAUGGGAGUAUCACCAGAGCCCGAGGUGAAAUGCGAUAAAAAUUACGACGAGGAGGGAGAAGACAGCGGGGGAACCUGCGGGAGUGUGCUCGCCUUUCCAUACUUCAUCUCCUUCUACGUUCUUUGCUCAUUUUUGAUCAUCAAUCUAUUCGUCGCCGUCAUCAUGGAUAACUUCGACUACUUAACUAGAGACUGGUCAAUAUUGGGACCACACCACUUAGAUGAAUUUAUAAGGUUAUGGAGCGAAUACGACCCUGACGCGAAGGGUCGAAUCAAACAUUUAGAUGUAGUUACUUUGUUAAGAAAAAUUAGUCCACCGUUAGGUUUCGGCAAGCUGUGUCCGCACCGCGUGGCUUGCAAACGACUAGUGUCGAUGAAUAUGCCGCUGAACUCUGACGGUACCGUCUUGUUCAACGCAACACUGUUCGCGGUCGUCCGUACAUCAUUGAAGAUCAAAACUGAAGGUAAUAUUGACGAUUGCAACACCGAGCUAAGAGCAGUGAUAAAGAAAAUAUGGAAACGAACAUCACCGAAAUUGCUAGAUCAAGUGGUACCACCACCCGGUGAUCCCAAUGAAAUCACGGUCGGAAAGUUCUAUGCUACAUUCUUAAUCCAAGAUUAUUUCAGAAGGUUCAAAAAGCGAAAAGAGCAAGAAAUGAGACAGAGUGACGAGCAACAUCACCAGAUGACGCUCCAAGCGGGUCUUCGAACACUACACGAAGCUGGGCCAGAAUUAAAGCGAGCAAUCUCAGGCAACCUGGACGAUAUUACAGCGGAAACAGAUAUACCUAUGCAUAGGAGGAACCACUCGCUAUUUGGAGGUGUCUGGUCAAGUAUACGAAGACAUGGACCCAAUAAACACUUUCAGAGACAUCGUAAGCAUGGCGAUGGACCUCCAGAUGGCGUAGGAAAUCACCUUAGUUCUAUGAUGCAGAAAGAAUAUGGUGUGGGACCUUUGCCGCUGGCGCCAAAUUUGGUCAACGGCCAAACGAAGGAACAGAUACCAUUAAGACCACUAAUAUUAAAUGGAGAGUCUGAAAAAAUCUACCAGGUGCUUGACAAUCAGAAAUCCAACUAUCCCGAAAUGCUCGGUCAGAUAGGAUUAGCGUUCGGCUGCGUCAACUACCUAUCGACUCCGGACACUGUCAAACCGACACCUACGGUUUCAAAACAGAAAAUCCAUCCGGAGGACUCGUCAUCAAAGGAAAAGUUACCGAUAUUGACGGUACCGAAGAAAGCGUCUCCCGAGGACAAAAGUCCAUCGCCGCUGGAGCACGCGAUACAGCCGAAGAUCUCACCGCUGCUGGCCAGCGCGUGCACGCCGACCACUGAAGCGAGGACAAUGACGCUGUACGGCUACAAUGCAGCCGCGCGGCUGCCGUUCGCGUUCUCGCAUGCGAGGGAGCGUGUGCGAGAGAGACGGAGCGUGCGCGUGACGUCAGGUCGGAUGGUGCGCAGCGCGUCCUCGGGGGCGGCUACGCAUGCGCCGCCCGCCCGCACGGUAGCUCAGCGCAGCCCGCAAGGUCCGCACGACGCGGUUGACGAAGUUUCCAUGAACGCGGAUUCUGUUAUUUUCCCUAAGUGCACGUACGCACUAUAUAGUUGCGCGCAUUGCAGCGGUCCGGUCCCUUCUGGACCGGUCGAUCGCAAGCAAUAA